AUGUGCCCGUUAUAUAUUCCUUUCUGGCUCAUCAUCUUGCUGCUGCUGACGCAACUCGUGAGUGCUCAAGACACGUACGCGAUUUUAAAAUUCGUGACUGAGACCUCGGUGCCUUGCGUGACCGCGGCGUCGAAACGGGGCGACCAAGCGGGCAUGCGUCUUGCGGUGCCGGACACUCUUGGGGUGGCAGUCACCAUGGGGGAAAGCUCCCCUCACGAUGCACUCGUUUGCUCGUUCUGUUUGGCGGGCAUGGGAUGCGUUGUGACUACUCCCUUCCGCUGUUCUAUUUUUCGCCUGUUAUGA